AGCGCUGCCCACACCGCAGCUCCUACCUGCAAACAGGCUGGGCUGCAGCACGGGCAGGAUGAGACCCUAAACUUCCUAGCAGACCUUGGAAAAGCAGCCCACGAGAGCUGCUGUUGAAAAGAGACAAGUUCCUUAAUUUGCCACUCUCCUUGUGCUCUGGAUGUUGUGCCGGGCUGCUGAGCGAGGAAAAGCAGGGAUGCUGCAGAGUAGGGAAGGAUUUCCACUGCUCUGGUUAGUGCCUGCACAGAAAGCAGCAGAUAUCCAAAGACUGGAGGUAUACUUCAAUUACUUGAGACUGACUCUUUUGUCUUUCACACAAGGACAUUCAUGAAUAAGUGCUUAAAACAAAACAGUAGGAGCAGCAUCAGUAUCAAAAUUUAAUACGGAGAAAAGGAGUGCUGUUCACAGAGGACUUUUUGUUUCUGAUCUAAAGGGUGUGUUUCAUCAUGGUGCCAUCAUUCUGCUCAACACAAGUCUCUGCCAGGCUCUGUCACUUAGACCUGAUGGGAGCUGCAGUGGAGCAGGUCAGCAGCAGCAGGAAUCCUACUGGAAGGUGCAUAAAAUUGGCUCUGGACUCUGCAUGUUUGAAAGUGUGAAAAAACCAAGAAUGUAUCUGAAGAUCAAAGAUGACCAGUGUGAUGGAACAGGCACAGGUGAUGAAUACUGUCAUUUUAAAAUUGAGAAUAAUUUGGAAACUGGAUCUGUGAGUCUGGAAUCAGUGCGAAAUAAAGGGAUAUAUGUUGGUCUUCUGCCAGAUGGCCAGACUAAACCAGUUGUUAACACUGGGGAGAGAAAUAUCUUCUUCUACCCACAGGUCAUCAAAUUUGGCCGGGAAAAGCCUAUGGGAACAUCUGCAGCACUCAAACAAGAGAAGAAAGAGUUCAGAGAAUCUCCAUUCCAACCAGGAAAAGCCCAGGAGCCAGAACCUCAAAGGCCUUCAACUCCCCCACCCUCAAAGGAAAUGAGAAAUCCCCAAGGUGGUGAGUGUCCCCUUCCUUCAGAUGAUGAAUGGAAAGUGUCAAUACUGACAGGAAAUGCAGGAACUGAAGCAAGUGUUGCUCUUUGGAUAUAUGGAGACAGAGGAUUAACUGGACCAAUAACUCUUGGCAAGGACAACAGGAAGCAGAUGUUUUUUCCCAGGCAGGAAGAUGAAUUUCAGGUUAAAAUGAACAACAUUGGGAAUAUCUACAAGAUAAGAAUUGAACUUGAUGGAUUACCAAAUGACCAACCUGAGUGGAACUUACGAAGGGUGAUAUUGCAACAUCUAAAGAGCAAGAAAACAGUGAAUUUUCCAGCAAACACAUGGUUAUCAAAGAAUCGUGAUGAUAGAGAAUUUCUGUGUGAACUUCCAGUAGUGGAAGCUGGAAAACCUAUCUAUCCAAUUGUUUUAUACCAUGUUUAUGUCCACACUGGUGACUUGGAGCAAGCUGGUACAGAUUCUGCAGUUUAUUUGUGUAUCUAUGGAAAAAGAGGGGAUUCUGGUCUAAGACUUCUGCAGAAAACUUGUGUACCAGUGACAUUUCAGAGAGGAAUGGUCAGUGUUUUUGAAGUGGAAGCUGUAUCUCUUGGGAAGCUGCAGAAGGUGCUGUUGCGCUGUGAGGCCAGUACCAAGUCCCAACAUUGGUAUUGUGAUAAAGUCAUUGUCAGAGAAGCUGAGAACAACUCAGAAUAUGUUUUCAAUUGUGAAAGGUGGCUUCCAUUUAUGUCUCAAGGUAUAAUCCUUUCAGAAAUUGAGCUGUACCCUCAAGAGUUUGAAAAAAAUCAGCAGCUGAAAAUUCAAGAAGCAAAUGAAGGAGAGUGGAAGAUAACUGUAGUCACUGGGGACUUUGAAACAGCUGGCACAACAGCAACAGUAUUCCUUUAUGCUUAUGGAGAAAACAAAGCUUCUGGUCCUAUUCUUUUGGGAUCUGGGAAACAGCAGCUGUUUAAUCCCAAGAGUGAAGAUACAUUUAAGAUUAAUCUCAGAGAACUUGGGCAGCUAUAUAAAAUCCGCAUUGGCCACGACAACACUGGAAAUGAUCCCAGCUGGUACCUGAAGGAAGUCAGACUUGAAAGAACAGUCCCUCUUUCUGAUGAAGAGAUUUGUCUCCCUGUAGAGAGCUGGCUUUCCGAAGACAAGGAUGAAGGUGAUACGUGGAGAGAAGUGGCAGUAAGACGCCCUGCAGAGGAGCUCUUGCCAUUGUUGGUGUAUGAGGUCCAUGUAUACACAGGGGCUAAACUUGGUGCUGAAACAGAUUCCAAUGUUUAUAUCAACCUCACUGGGACAAGAGGAGAUGCUGGAAAAAGGAAGCUCCAUAGAUCUAAGAAUAAUAAUGUUAAGUUUCGACAUGGACAGAUGGAUAUUUUCUGCAUAAAGGCUGUCUCACUGGGAGACUUGGAGAAAGUUCUGAUUAGCCAUGAUGGAGCUGGUCCAGGUUUUUCAGGAAUAAAGAAAGAAUUUCCUAAUGAGAUGAGUGUUGGGUACAGGCCCUUGAAGAAGUGUGCGUCUCCCUGGAAUGAUGUAAAUGAAGAGAAAGCAAACAUUUAA